GCCGUCGUCUCGCUCAGACGCCUCGGAAACUUCCUGUGCCAAGACGAACUGAAGCCGGACAACGUGGAGAGACUUCCUCAGAGCACAGACGUAGACACUGUGGUGGUGGAGGAUGGCUUCUUCUCCUGGACCAAUGACGGGCCACCAUGUCUGCAGAGGAUCAACGUAAACGUAAUGACGGGCUCUCUGGUUGCUGUGGUCGGCCAUGUUGGCUCAGGGAAGUCAUCGCUGUUGUCGGCCAUGUUGGGGGAGAUGGAAAAGAGGAGUGGCUUUGUCUCCAUCAAGGGCUCAGUGGCCUACGUCCCGCAGCAGGCCUGGGUACAGAAUGCCUCCCUGAAGGACAACAUCUUGUUUGGAGGAGAGAGGAAAGAGAGCUGGUACUACAGAGUAUUGGAGGCCUGCGCCCUGCUGCCAGACCUGGACGUCCUGCCCGCAGCAGACAGCACAGAGAUCGGAGAGAAGGGUCUGAACCUGUCCGGAGGACAGAAGCAGAGGGUGAGCCUGGCUCGGGCAGUCUAUAGGAAGUCUGAUGUUUACCUGCUGGAUGACCCUCUGUCUGCUGUUGAUGCUCAUGUGGGACAACACAUCUUUGACCGGGUCAUUGGACCCAGAGGACUCCUUAAAGACAAGACCCGGGUGCUGGUAACUCAUGGACUCAACUUCUUAUCCAAGGUGGACUUGGUCCUGGUGAUGGACCAGGGUCAGAUCUCUGAGAUGGGCUCUUACAUGGAGCUGAUGGAGAGAAAGGGAGCUUUCGCCAAACUCAUCCACACCUUCAGUGGAAACCAGCGUAGAGAGAACCCAACACCUAAAGACAAGAGCAGCAGGAAGUCGGUGUCUCGGCUCAGUAUGACAGAUUUCGAUCUCUCUCAGGAACAGCUGAUUAGCUGUGAUAUGAGCAGUGUUCAGGUGAUGGAGGAGGAUGUGGAUCUGGACGCUGAGAAUGCUGGGAAACUAACAGAAGCUGAUAAAGCUCACACAGGCAGGGUGAGGCUGCAGGUGUACAGAGAAUACUUCAGGACCGUCGGCCUUACCUUCAUCAUGACCAUCAUCUUCCUCUGUGCCUUCCAGCAGGCCGCCUCGUUGGCCUACAGCUAUUGGCUUAGCCUGUGGGCUGAUGAGCCGCCGGUCAACGGCACGCAGCGCGACCACGAGCUGAGACUCGGGGUGUUUGCUGCUUUGGGCUUCACUCAGGGUGGGUCAAACACCAACACAGAGACAGACUGUGAAUUAUAGAUACAGGAUAUCUUAUUACUCUUAUCAUUACUAUUUUAUCCACUCAUAAAUUUAACAACUCUUUGCCCAUUAAAGAUAGAGUUAUGAUGGCUGCUGAUGGCUCUGCUCUUCACACGCUCCUGGGUUAGACGAGCAGCAUGCUGUGGCUUUACUGGGAGCAAAGACCCAAAAACACUGGACCCCAAGCCUAGCUUAAUGGGACCCCACUGUGAGCAUUAGCCAGUCCAUGAGAUUUCUCUGCAUAGAAACAGCAUGCUACAUGGCUGAAGAGACAUUGAGCUUUUGAUAUAGGAGUGCUAUCCUCCUGGAGGGCUGGCAAAUCAGCUGCUACUCGAAGUUUGUUUCCCCAUAGGACUAACACACAGUUUGUAGGAGGAGGUCUCUCAGAAGACUCACCUUUCUUUGGCUCUGUUACCAACACUUUGUAGACUCAUUCUGUACUUCCAUAGCAGGUUGAAGGUAAAUAUCUCUCCAUCUCACUAUGUUGUUACUAUAACAAGAAUAUGAUAUAUUUUAAAAACUGAAAAAAUCUCAAUGACUUGGUUGUGAAGUCUCAGAGGAGUA